CUAUGCGCUAGCUAGCGGCUGUGGAUGUAGCUAGGCAUAUCAUUAGUAAUUUAAUAGGAUCUCUAUGUAGCUAUCUUUCUUAUCCAUCAAAGUGUUAGCUACAUGUACCAAUCUCUUGAAUAGACAUAUAGACAGCUUUUAGUAGCCCUCUGUUAAUUGAGUGAUGCCAGGUUAGAUUGCAGCCAGUAACAUGCCCGAAUCAAAGUUGGAGCAGGCUAGCUAGCUAACUAACUAAAAUAUGGGGUUGUGGGGUUUGUCAGCAAUCAAGACAGGGCAGUUUUGUAAUAUUCCAUUCACAGGUGGAAACUAUGUAUGUUUAUUAAUGUUAAAAAGGUUACACAGUUCGAGAAACAUGGUGCCUUUGGAUAAGUGAAGUAGCGAGACGGGGCACGAAAACCAGUGUGGACAGGCUGCCUCCAAAGACAGUACUCUGUUGCACUGGUUGCAGCUACAGUCUGAAGCUGGAACAGUGGUGGACCCACCCAGGCUCAGAAGUGGCUGACCACAGCCCAUUCAGGCACUGUGCUGGCUGGUCUCCGAACAGAACAGGGAAGGAAGACCCUUAGGAGGUGGAUGUAAAGGGGCUGGUGGAGUCUCUGUGGGCAUUCUCCUACUGAAAUGUCAAUCAGAAGAGCCGAAAGGAUGUCCAUCGCCCAGGCCUUGGCCAUGACUGUGGCUGAAAUCCCCAUGUUUCUUUACUCCACCUUUGGGCAGUCCAUAUUCUCUCAGCUGAAGCUCUCUCCAAGUCUGAAGAAGGUGCUGUUUGCCACGGCUCUGGGGAGCGUAGCCCUGGCCCUCACCGCCCAUCACAUGAAGAGGCGAGGGAGGAAACAGAAACAGGCAACAGCUGCAAAAGUUGAGCCGAAGCAGGUGGGAAUACCAGAGGUGUUGCUCCGGUUGGGGAGGCCGUCAUCCCUUAAGAGAGGUGGUCCGAUUCCUGGGCGACAGAUGAUGAGCCCCAGCACGCGGAGUAAUGACACCAUGAGCAGCAUCUCCUCUCUGGCCCCCAGCAAACACUCAAGAUCCUCCCACAGCAUAGCUUCCAUGCGAGUCCUGCCUUCUCCGAAUCAGUCGGCCAAUCCCUCGACUCCCUGGGAGGCAGAGCCUGUGGAGGAGGAGCCAGGAGCCAUGGAGGACGCAAAUGCAGAGAACCUCUACAUCAUUGGCAUGGAGCUGUUUGAGGAGGCCCUCCAGAAGUGGGAGCAGGCCCUCAACAUCCGCCACCGCUCUCACUCCAGUGCUUCCAACGCCAGUACGAGCCUGGCCCUGGAGGGGGAGACGGCUUGCCCCGACCUGCCCACGGUACGCCACAGAACUAUCUCACACUCAACGGUCUUUGCCGAGAAGCUGGAGACCCUUCUGCACCGGGCCUACCACCUACAGGAGGACUUCAGCACCAACAUUCCCCCAGAUAGCCUGCUAGCAGACUUUGAGAGUGAGGGAACGCUCAUUCUGCCAAACUUGGCGAGUAGAAUGUGUGAAGACGACACCACUACGAUCACUUCGGACGAUUCCUUCUUCUCAGCGGCAGAGCUGUUUGACCAGCUAUCUCUGGAUGAGGUGUACCAGCCUCUGAGGCCCGCUGCUCUCUACGAUGAGGCCGUGUCACUAGUCCAGGACGGCAGCGUGCCCUGUCGAGCGCUCCGAACUGAGCUGCUAGAAUGCUACGGUGACCAGGACUUCCUAGCCAAGCUCCAUUGUGUGAGACAAGCCUUCCAGGUUCUGUUGCUAGACAAAACUCACCGGACGUUCUUCAUGGAGACCGGCAAGCAGAUGAUCACAGGACUCAUGACCAAGGCAAACAAGAGUCCAAAAGCCUUCCUGGAAGCGUAUGAGGACAUGCUUCUCUACACCCAGAGAGAGGAGACCUGGCUGGUCAGCAAGAUGGAGCUAGAGGGACGAGGGGUGGUGGUAAUGAACUUCUUUGACAUCGUGCUGGACUUCAUCCUGAUGGAUGCCUUCGAGGACCUAGAGAGCCCACCCUCGUCGGUGGUGGCCGUGCUGAGGAACCGCUGGCUCUCCGACAGCUUCAAGGAGACAGCCCUGGCUACUGCGUGCUGGUCUGUUCUGAAGGCCAAGAGGCGUCUGCUGAUGGUUCCAGAUGGCUUCAUCUCCCACUUCUACGCCAUAUCAGAACACGUGAGCCCUGUCCUGGCCUUUGGCUUCCUCGGUCCCAGACAGCACCUCAGUGAAGUGUGCACCAUCUUCAAGCAACAAAUAGUGCAGUACCUGAAGGACAUGUUUGACCACGACAAGGUGCGCUUCACCUCAGCCCAGUCUCUGGCCGAGGACCUCCUGAGCCUGUCCCACCGCCGCAGUGACAUCCUGCUGGGCUACCUGGGCAUCGACAGCCUGCUGGAGCCCAACGGAGCCCUACCCCAAGGAGAUGCAGCAGCCGGCCCCGGCCGCUCCAACCACCACUGAGACAAGGGUAGGGAGAAAACAUUAUAAAAACAGAGUGAAACGGGGAGGUACGAACUGAAUUUGUCCAAUAAGAACACAGAUUUUCAUUUUCAGUUGGAAAGUGGUUCGCUACUGUGUGGCCUGAUGAGUACGACCCUGUGUCUGACUUAGCUGGAAGGUACUGGACUGGGCUGGUCUAAACCGGACUUCACAGGCGAGAUUUAGGAGAGGUGUCAUUCACGCGCUUGAACUGCAGCAUCGCUUGUAUUGGACCUUACAUAAAAGAGGGACCUCAUGAUUCCAUCUCUCCCCUUACGUUGGAUGAUCUGAAGUUCGAGAUCAUUCCAUACUAAUCCCUUUCUUCCAGUGUGUGAUGAUCCAACCGGCAAGAAUAUGUUUGUUGUGUCUAUGUCAUGUAUGUACUGUAAGUGUGUAUUCUGGGGCAGGGGAUCCAAAGCGAUCCCCUCUUGACUAUCAUCCUGACACCCUUAGCCAAAAUAACUUGCACUGAGAUGUGAUGUCAUUGUCUGUUGAAGGACCUCCUUGCUUCUGUCUAUACUCUGUUUUCCAUCCAUCAAUCGAUCAUCCAUUAACUUAGCGUAUUUAUUCUGAUAGUGCUAGGAGCCUGAUUGAUGAAACAGUCCCCCAUCCAAGAGAACGUGUAAUACAAAUAUUUAAUACUGUACUUAAGGUCAGGGGCAGGGCAUUGGACUGUUAGACACUUGUGCGUACAGAAAAAGUGCACUGAUAUCCCCAUCUUGUCCUCAUACUUACAAUAUAAUGAUAUUGUCAUAGUAUCGAGGUACUGUGGUGUAGCAAAGAUGCCAAGCAAGGGGAUGCAGCCAUCCACUGAAAUCCUACACUGUAGCAUUUACCUCUGUGAAAACCUGACAUGCUUUGAUGAAAUGUUGAGAUGGUCAAUUCUGAUGAUUGUUGCCGAGUUGGGUGUAUGAGAGAGAGAGUGAAAUCCAUCAUUCGUAUUGUCUGUAAUCACUCUUUGUCUGUAAGAAACAGUGAAAUUGGUAUAUGCAGCUCAGGGUUUCCAUUAGGAAAAUGUGGUUCUGGACAUUUGACCGGCAGUAUUUUAAUUUACCUAUGUGCAUUGGGUGCGUGACCUGGUUAUUGCUUCCACCCACGGUGCUCAGAAUGACAUAAAUCACAGUUAGAUUAUGGUAAUUAAUCUUAACAGAACAUGCAACUCUAGGAAGCAACAGCAAGAGUCCUUCUUACCGCUUUCCGAUGCGCACUUUGAAGAUGUUAGAAUAACUAUCCACAUUUACUUUUCCUCAGCCAACAGGACGAGUAACGAACAGCA